GACGUGGACGCCGUGGGCGGGGGGUCGUCCUCGAGCAGCUGCGGAGAGACGACGCGCCGCAAGAAGAAGCCGCGCACGUCGGACCCGCGCGGUGCUCCGUUCAUGCAGAUGGGGGCGCAGAUGGCACCCUGGCAGUCGCAGGUCAUGCAGGUCCUCUCCGACUUCGUCGAGCGCGACGCCGACCACAUGGACCUGCCCAAGGGCUUUCCCCUCGGAGGCCCGCAGAUGCUGCUGCUGAGGCAGCUGGCGCCGGCGCAGAACGCCGUGGUGGUCAUGCAGAGCAAUGCCGCGUACCUCCGGAGGAUCAAGACCAAGGUGGCCCGAGCGGGCCCCUUUGGCGCCAUUAAGGGCAUCGUCAAGCGCCACGGCGGCCGCAUGAGCGUGCGGCUGUGCGUGGCGGUGCUCGAGAGCGCGUACGAGGACGAGAAGCUCCUGCUGGAGAUGUGUGGGAUGCUGGGUACAUGGCAUCAGAAACUGUCGCUGAUGCAGCUCAGGAAACAGUUCAAGAAGGCUGGACUCGUGUUCGACAAGGAAUACGAGUGGAUGGCGCUGCGGGGCAAGCGGCCGGGGCCCGAGAGCAGCUCCGAGUCCGAGCGCGAGGGCCCUCCCCUGCCGCGGCACGUGGUCGAGGUGUUCGCCGAGGACGACGCGCAGGUCCGGAGCACCCUCAGGCUCCUGCGGCACGCGCUGGACGAGGACACCCGUCGGCGGGAGCGCCGCGCCGCGGCGCGCCCCGACGGCGCGGAGGACGAGCUGCUGGCCAGCAGCGUGCGCGCCGACGGCCUGCCCUGGUGGGGCGACGCCCCCGCGGACCACCCGCUGCCGAGCCGCGCCCACGCCCGACGAGCGCAGGUGGCGAAGCGGAAGUUGCCGGCCUACGAGAUGCGGGACGUGGUGACCGAGGCAAUGGAGCAGUACCCUGUCGUUGUGGUGGUGGGUGCGACUGGCUGCGGCAAGUCGACGCAGCUGCCGAUAGCUUGGUACGAGUGGCGCAAGGCCAGCAAUCCGGAGGCGCAGUGCAAGGUCAUCUGCUGCCAGCCGCGCAAGAUCGCGGCCGUGUCCCUGGCGGAGCGCGUGGCCCUGGAGAACGGGCAGGCCGUCGGCGGCCUGGUGGGAUACAAGAUCCGCUUCGAGACGAAGGCCUCCCGGGACACGGACGUGCUGUACUGCACCACCGGGGUGCUGCUCCGCGCGAUGGUGCGCGGUCGGCAUCCUGCGGUUGGUGGCGAGAGCCCCCCGGAGACUUCCUGA